CAACCAGCCGGAGUGACAGACUUGAGUGGCGGUUGUACAGGCGCGUGUCGCCGAGUGAGCAGUUUCUUUGGAGAAGAUCAAACUCUAAAAUGGCAGGCAAUGGAAAUAAUACUGAUUGCAUGUCAUGCAGUGUACUGAGCUGGGAGCAGGUCAGCCGUCUGCAUGAGGUUCUGACAGAAGUGGUUCCAAUCCAUGGACGGGGCAACUUUCCAACACUGAAAAUAACCCUGAAGGACAUUGUUCAGACCGUUCGCAACAGACUGGAUGAGGCAGGCAUCCAAGUACAUGAUGUCCGGCUGAAUGGCUCUGCAGCUGGUCAUGUCUUGGUCAAGGAUAAUGGACUGGGUUGCAAAGAUCUGGACCUAAUUUUUCAAGUGUCCCUGCCAACUGAGGCUGAGUUUCAGCUCGUCCGAGAUGUGGUGUUGCGGUCCCUCUUAAACUUCUUGCCAGAGGGGGUGAGCAAACUAAAAAUCAGUGCAAUGACUUUGAAGGAAGCCUACAUCCAGAAGCUAGUGAAAGUGUGCACAGAGACGGACCGAUGGAGCUUAAUAUCCCUCUCCAACAAACAUGGCAGGAAUGUAGAGCUGAAGUUUGUAGAUCGCAUACGACGACAGUUUGAGUUCAGUGUGGACUCUUUCCAAAUCAUACUAGAUGCCUUGCUUUUCUACUAUGACUGCUCAGAAAAUCCCAUGUCAGAGCACUUCCAUCCAACUGUAAUUGGAGAGAGCAUGUAUGGAGACUUUGAGGCAGCCUUCGAUCACCUCCGAAACAGACUGAUAGCUACCAAGAAUCCUGAGGAGAUCCGAGGUGGUGGGCUCCUGAAGUACAGCAACCUCUUAGUGCGGGAUUUCCGGCCCAUGGACAAGGAGGAGAUUAAAACUCUAGAGCGCUACAUGUGCUCCCGGUUCUUCAUAGACUUCCCUGACAUCCUGGAUCAGCAGCGCAAACUAGAGACUUACCUCCAGAACCACUUCUCCAAAGAGGAGAGAAGCAAAUAUGACUAUCUCAUGAUCCUGCGCAGGGUGGUAAAUGAGAGCACAGUGUGCCUCAUGGGACAUGAGCGGAGACAGACUCUCAACCUGAUCUCGCUGCUAGCACUUAGAGUGUUGGCAGAACAAAACAUCAUACCUAAUGCCACUAAUGUUACCUGUUACUAUCAGCCAGCACCCUAUGUCAGUGAUGGGAACUUCAGCAACUACUAUAUUGCAAACUCUCCCAUCCCCUAUAGCCAGUCUUAUCCCACUUGGUUGCCUUGUAACUAAUCUCUAACUUGAGUAUUUCUUAAAUGGGAUCUUGUGUGUGGUAGGAACCAUUAAUCAGCCAGACGUUUUCUAAAGGGAAUCUGUGGCUUACCUCUGGCUCUGCUGUUUUCCUGGUGUGCAGUGUGAUCACAUCACUAGGCACCUGGUAUUUAAAAAAAAAAAAAAAGCUUUUUGGGACCCUCUGUAGAAAAGCCACAAGAAGCCUUAUUGCCAUUAUUUUGUUAGGGGAAGGGAUCCUAUGGCCUCAUGUUUGUAAUUACCAUAGUUAGUUGUACAUUUUUGAAGACAUGGCUGUUGCACAUUUGAUUUAGGUACUGUAAUACAGCUGCUUAUUAUCUGAGAAGAAACUGUGCAAGAAUAACUUGUACAGAACCAAAGACAUUCUGUCCUAGAGCAGCAACAAGAUCAUUCUGUGUGUUCCUUAUUGCCUCCCCUGCUCACUUUGCACUCCCUCAAUCUCAAGUCCUGGUCGGUUUUUCCAUUGGACUGCUCUUGUAUAAGCUGUUCCCCCUAACAGCUCAUGCUGUGCCUGAGCAUCUUGUACUUUCUGACUUUACAGAAUGGGUCACUGUAGGGACACUACCGUCUUUCAUGGAGGGGCUCCAGAAUUUAUUGGUUCUUGCAGUAGCUCUGUAUUGCUUUUCUAGAAGAGUUGAAAAUUGAUUUAUUGAAGUUUGACAGUGGGGCUGGUUGAAAUCCUCUCUCUUGGGUGCCAAGUUUCAGAAGAGACUUUCUCAGUCAGAUGACAAAUUCCCCAGAAUGUGAACUCAUAUGUACUAAAGACUGAAGCCCUUAACACAAUUAAAGCGUAAAAAACAAUUACAAGUAUUGAAACAA